AUGGCCAGCUGGGAAGAGGCCGACGUUGUCUGUGCCGUCGAUUGGACUGGACUGGCUGCAGUGCAAACGCUGGCCUCCAUGUAUGGCGCCAAGCGCUCACCACCACUCGUCUUUUUGUGCUACCGUGUUUUUUCUGCUUCUGUGAACAUCACGACCAAUCCCGACGCGGCCGCGACGUACCGGAUGUACGAAGCCAGUGCCUGGUCAAAUGCGCAGGCUUUGGUAGUGCUGUCGCAAGCAGAUCAACGAAACCUCGAACAACUACAAUCCAGCGACGACCCCCGCCCGCCAUCAGCCUGCUUCCUGCUCUAUCCUCCGCUGCGAGCCGACAUGGUCCAGAUGGCUUCACAGGCACAAUUAUUGCCACCAGCCAGGGGGCCUCGUUACCUGACUUGCUGUGUCCGCCUCUCUCCUGAAAAAAGCCCUGAUACUUUCCUCGAUAUUCUCUCACACUUGCGGACCAGCCUGUGCUCUCUGAACAUCGUCCCCUUGCUGUGCGGUACGGGCACAGAUCCAGCCUAUGUCUCGGCGUUGCAUCACCGUGCCCAGGCUGUCUGCCCAGAGACGAUGAUCAGAUCUGGUUUCAUGGGACCCUCGGAGAUGGCCGAGGUCUGGCAACAAACAAUACUCAAUGUUCAUCCCUCGCAGCGCGACGCAUUUGGCAUGACAAUUGCAGAGGCGGCGGCCUUUGGGGUGCCGACCGCUGGCAGUGAUGGCGGUGAUGUGGGCGCGCUCGACUUUUUGGCGCAGGGUGCUUUUCUACCCAUCAAACUUUCGGCCCCUGCAAAAGCCGCCGCAGCCAUCCGCGAUUUGCUGCACGACCCAACCCGUCUGAGUCAGCUUCAACGUGCCGCACAGGCUCGUGCCUUGGCCUGGACCGCAACAGCCCACGGAGCUGAGCUCUUGACCAUUCUGCAGCAGGCUGCGACCGCUUCCGCAGCGCUAGAUUGA